AUGGGGCAAGCGAUAUAUCACGUGAUUUAUGAUCAUCCCAUUCCGCACCUCGCGACGUUCACUUCGGCUUCGUCCGUCCGCUCCCGAUCGUCCACUCUCUCCUCUCUGUUACUCAAGAUGUACUCCUCCGCUAUCCGGGCCAGAAUGGCCACCUCCUUCGUUGCCCGUCGUGGCUUCUCCACCACUCGUACCCAGCUUGGCAGCCCCUACCACUACGCUGAGGGUCCUCGCACCAACAUCCCCUUCAACCCUCUCACCAAGCACUUCUUCUGGCGCUACUGGGCUUUCAUGAUUACCGGAUUCGGUACUCCCUUCGCCAUUGCUGUCUGGCAAACCUACAAGACCAAAUAA